AUGGCAGUGGAGAAGAAAGGUCAAGAACUUAAGGAUCAGAAGAAAGCAGAACCCAUUCCUUUGGAGGGUUUUCUAAAGUAUGCUAAUAUUUUCUAUCUUUCGAUUGGAAUGCUGGCCUACGAUCACAAGGAUAGUGGAAGGAGGAAGGAGCAGCUGCUUCAUUGGAUGUUCAUUGCCCAGAUAGUGAACCUCAAUGCAGUGCUCAUUUCGGAACUGAUCUAUGUAUUCCUGGCGAUCAGCAAAGGCAGCAACUUCCUAGAAGCCACCAUGAAUCUAUCAUUCAUAGGUUUUGUGGUCGUUGGGGGUCUUAAAAUCUGGCAUAUUUGGCGACAAAGAAAGAGACUCACCCAAGUGGUCAACGAAUUGGAGCAUCUGCAUCCGAAACGAUUGGAUCAACAGGAACCGUAUAACAUAGGGUACCACCUGAGUGGCUAUAGCCGAUACAGCAAAUUUUACUUUGGUAUGCAUCUGGUUUUGAUCUGGACGUAUAACCUUUACUGGGCGGUCUACUAUCUGGUUUGUGAUUUCUGGCUGGGAGUAAGGAACUUUGAAAGGAUGCUGCCCUACUACUGUUGGGUUCCCUGGGAUUGGAGUACAGGAUUUAGUUACUAUCUGAUGUAUGUCUCGCAAAAUUUAGCAGGCCAGACGUGUCUGUCCGGUCAGCUGGCAGCCGAUAUGUUGAUGUGUGCCUUGGUUACUCUGGUGGUGAUGCACUUCAUCCGCCUUUCCGGGCAUAUCCAAGGGCAUGUGGCGGGAAUGGCAUCUUCUGAAAAGGACUUAGAGUUCAUCCAGUCGGUUGUGGUCUAUCACCAGAGGUUACUGCAUCUCUGUCAUAACAUCAACGAGAUCUUUGGGGUAUCAUUGCUGUGCAACUUUGUGUCCUCAUCCUUCAUCAUCUGCUUCGUGGGAUUUCAGAUGACCAUCGGUGGCAAGAUUGACAACUUGGUCAUGCUUGUCCUUUUUCUUUUCUGCGCUAUGGUGCAGGUCUUUAUGAUUGCCACACACGCGCAGCGGCUCAUCGAUGCGAGUGAGCAAAUUGGCCAGGCGGCUUAUAACCAUGACUGGUUCCAUGCUGACUUACGCUACCGUAAAAUGCUUAUUCUGAUUGUUAAGAGGGCCCAGCAACCCAGUCGCCUAAAGGCCACCAUAUUUUUGAAUGUCUCACUGGUCACAGUAUCAGAUCUCUUGCAACUAUCCUACAAAUUCUUCGCCCUUUUGCGGACAAUGUACAGUACGUGA